AUGAUCAUGAAGUCGGCGAACAAGGAGUCUGGAGAAAAGCUUCGAAAAAUAAAGAGAGCUCAAGUUGCGGCGGAUAGAAGGCUCAAAGACGGGGGGGUCAUCCGAGGAGGUGUGCUCCGCCUCUGCUCUAUUUUCGCUUCUACCCCUAUCGCUUGCCCCGACGUCUAUUUGGUUCUCUCUGCUGUGGGCAUCGUCUCUCCUUGUGUGACGACAAAGAUAAUGGAACAAUCACCCAUUGAAGGAAAUUCUUCAACGCCAUCAACUCCAACUACUGCACCUACUUCAGUUGUCAGCAUUGAUUCAAUGUGCCUCCAAAUGCCUUUUAGAAACUCCGAGAGCCCUCAUCAUUCAUCGUCCACCACUCUGCAGGAAAUGAUAAAUUCACCAGGCUCUUCACCAUUUCCAAGACCUCAAGUUCUUGGUGUUUCUUCUAGUAGUGUUCCUUCAUCUUCAUAUAACAUUCCACAAACCGACAUUCCUUCAUCCGGUGGUCAUCAGUCUACCAAAAAAAAGUCAAAGCAAUGGAGCAUCGAUGAAGAAGUCGCAUUAGCCAAGGCUUGGAUCGAUGUUUCAAAAGACCCAGAAAUUGAAAAUCGGCAACAAUCCGAUUCAUUUUGGAGGCGGAUUCUUGAAUAUUUUAGCAAACAAUUAGGAGGUACUGAUCGAACUGUUCAUCAAAUGAAUUCAAAAUGGAAGAACAUGCACGAGAAGAUGAAGAAGUUCAACGAUAUCUACAACAACAAACUGACACAACGCCGAAGUGGUCAAUCAGAAGCCGAUAUAUUGUUGUUAGCACAAACCGAAUACAGAAACCUUUUUAAAAACAAAGCGUUUUCUCACGAGGCAGCAUGGGGGAUUAUCAAAGAAAACCCUCCGAAAAAGACGAAGACAUCUGAAUCAAACACUUACACAACUUCUGUGGAUGACAAAUUUCCCGAAGAGGAUGAGGGGUUUAAUGUUGAACAGCCGCAAAAACCGCAACGAAAGGGGAAUAAAGCGGCAUCAUCAUCAUCCUCUGAACAACAACAACAACAAAGGGAUGAACAACUGCUAAGGAUUGUUUCUGAAUUUAGUAAUGUUAACAAACAAGAUGUGGAGGAUAAAAAACGGCAUCGAGCGAAACUAGAGGAGUUCAAGGCGGAGAAGUUACGGAUCAUGGAGGAGGAAAAAGAAGAGAGGGUGCGUAUGAUGCGGGAGAAGCGACAGGAUAAAGAUAUGCAGUUUUAUCUUCGACCGCAUGAUCAUUUGGCUGGGGCGCAGUUGAAUGCAGUCUUGACACGCAAGCGUGAAAUAGCACAACGUUGGGGUUGGGAAUGAAAUGUUUUUGUGAGUAUUUAGUUUUGUAAUUUCUGUUUCUAUAUUUAAUGAAAUGUUAUCAUAAUUAGUUUAAUAUUUUUUAUUAAAAGAAAGUUGUGGUGGGUGUGGGAUGUAAAGAUGAUAAUUUUUGUGGCAGCCCGAUGGUUUUGAGAUGGGAAGUGAUUCGUACACAACAAUUUUUUACCGUACACAACAAUUUAUGCAUUAUAGAGUUGUACAAUACAACAC